UUUUCUCCAUCCAUGAAAGAUAGACUCAAUAGAAGGUCACACCACAUGAAGUCUAGGACUCACCUAUGCAGCCCGAUAUGGGGGGAGGAAUAAGCACUAAUUAUGAGAGGAGGCAACCUUUCCCAUCCCUCCUACCCAUUUAACUCCUCAGAGUCUCCUCAUUUGCUUCUGUAACAUUGGUAAUGUGAGCUUCAUAUAAGCGACAAUAAAAAUCAAUUUCUGCAGUUACAAUCUUGGACAUUAUCUGAGCUUCUCUGCGGAGAAAGCUAAAGCCCCUGCUUAGGAUAGAUCUAGGUUAAGAAGUGUUCCAAGCACAAUGUCCAACAACAUGGCCAAGAUCGCAGAUGCUCGGAAGACAGUGGAACAGUUAAAACUGGAGGUUAACAUCGACAGGAUGAUGGUGUCUAAAGCAGCCGCUGAGCUGAUGUCCUACUGUGAAUCUCAUGCCAAAGAAGACCCGCUGGUCUCUCCCAUGCCCAACUCUGAAAACCCCUUUAGAGAGAAGAAGAUAUUUUGUGCAAUUUUGUAGUUUGCCAGAUCACUCACCUACACACAUGUAGGCCAGCUACAUUUUUAAUGAUUGAUCCAAACAUGUUUUAUAUAGUGACUUUCCAACUUUUUCACUAGAACUGUAUUUUCCAAAUAGCUGUUUAUAUUUAAAAACAUUUAUUGUAUUUAAUUUGUUUGGCAUAUCUCUCCUUACAGAAAUAUAACCUACAUGUCACAUAGGAUCAUGUUAGUUUUUGCAUACAAGGAAAUUGUGUGAAUUUGUGAAAUAUAAAACCACAUAUGAAAAAAAAAACCUAAACAGCACCUUACCAUUAUAUCUAAUGUUCCAACUAUUAAUCCAUCUUAAUGCAGAUUGUACAUUAACAUUAUAAUACUAAGACUCUAAUACUAUCUAGAUUUCACAUGCAUACUGUAUCACGUGAUUCUUUAAAUGUGGAAGUUGAGUGUGACGUUUCCUUGUGCCAUAGUAAUUUCUGUCAUGCAGGACCCAUAAAUUAUUCAGCACUCUUUUAAAAUGAGAGGCAACACUACUGUUUUUAUCUUACCUCAGCAUUUUUCAUCACUGAGGUCUGUAGAAGCACAAGAAAAAACAAACUGACACAAAAGCUGUAAAAAUAUGUUUUUCUCCCUAAAACACGUCAGUGCUUGUCACUGUUACGUGCUCAGUGUCUACUCAGGCAUGGAAUAUGUUAUCUUAGAUCUGUGCUCUGAGCUGUUGAUUCGAUGCGGGCUAAUGGAUGAAUCAUCAGAUUCAUUUUACAUUAAGAUGACGCUAAGGCUUUCUUUUCUGUAUGGCUCAAUUAAAAAUGCAUUUUGAGGUUGAGAGCAAAGUUCCCUUUGUCUCUGCUCAGUCAGGCAUGUCGUGUCUGUUAACUUUCGUGAAGAUGGUUUAAUCAUUAACCUGAAAUACAACAGACUCACCCAUUCAAUAAACAAACUUUGAAGAAAUACAUAGAAAAAUAUACUGUUUCAUAAGCUCACCAUACUUUUUUAAGCACAGUUUAUAUAGAUGACUAAUUUGUUAUAUUUCUGUUUAGCUUCAGGCGAAG